AUGGAGAAAAGGAUGGGACCCACGAAUGGAGUAGGUUUUGAGGAAGGAGCGAGAAGAUACUUAUCCAUCGGUUCUUUUCCAGAAGAGCUUACUGCCAGCUCUAAAACAUUAGUACUGCGUAAGAGGUUACAGCACAGAGUUGAUAUAUUGAGGAGAUGUGUGCAUGCACUCGAUGCCAAGUCCUUGAUAGCUUUCAUGAAUUGUACUAAACAACUAAAAGAUGCUGUCUUCAAGCUGGAUGCCCGUGGGAUAAAAGCUGCAGAGCUUCAUGGAGACCUUGGCAAACUUGCAAGACCGACAAUUUCAAAGAAAUUCAAGAAUGGGCAGGUGAGAGUACUGGUGACAAACGAGCUUUCAGCCAAAAGUUUGGAUGGGAAGGGUACCGUGGUCACCAUCUGUGAAGAGCUAAAAGUGUUUGUUGUAAAACAGCUUGAGGCCCCUAUUCAGUCUUGUGAGUUCACAGAUGGCAUACUGGUUACGGAAGAAAAGAAGACUUCAGAUGCGCAAGGUCCUUAG